GGAAGAAGUUUAGUUUUUACCGCGCUCUCUGUUGUUUUGUCAUGAUGCUAUUUUAAUACAAGCUGUUAGAAAUGUACUUUCUGUAAAUAUAAAAAUACAGUUUUUGGAUCAGGACAAUAAAGACCUGUAAUAUUCUCAUCAUAACAGUCGUGAUUAAGUUUUGAAGCAAGCAGGAAUAUCUGGAGGAGUAUCAUCUGAACUGAGAUCUGCUGCUGUGAAGAUGGUGUUUGUUAAAGAAGAGAGUGAAGAGAACACGAGUGAACCAGAAACAUGGAGAAUAAAACACGAGGAACCAGAAACAUGGAGAAUAAAACACGAGGAACCAGAACCCUUGAGAAUAAAACACGAGGAACCAGAAACAUGGAGAAUAAAACACGAGGAACCAGAACCCUUGAGAAUAAAACACGAGGAACCAGAAACAUGGAGAAUAAAACACGAGGAACCAGAACCCUUGAGAAUAAAACACGAGGAACCAGAACCCCACAGAAUAAAACAGGAGGAACCAGAACCCUGGAGAAUAAAACACGAGGAACGAGAAACCCGGAGAAUAAAACAGGAGGAACAAAGAGAGAUGAUUGAAAAAAACAAGGAUAAUGAAGAACUGAGCGAAGUUGAGGAGAAAAAUGAUGUCAAAACUGGAGAAAAACCCUUGAGUUGCUCUCAAACCAAACAAAUAGAUUUAAAGAAAAGAAGGGCCAAGAAAUCUUUCACCUGCACUCAGUGUGGAAAGAGUUUGACAAGCAAAUAUAAUUUUGAUGUUCACAUGAGAGUUCACACUGGAGAGAAACUGUUCACUUGUGAUGGGUGUGGGAAGAGUUUUGCACAAUUAUCACACCUUAAGGAUCACUUAAACAUCCACAGUGGAGAAAAAACAAACAAGUGUUCACACUGUGACAAGAGAUUCAGUCGGUCAGGAUACCUAAAAACACAUGAGAUGAUCCACACUGGAGAGAAACCGUACACGUGUGAUCAGUGCGGGAGGAGUUUCACACUAAAAGGACACCUUACGGAGCAUAUGAGAGUUCAUACUAAAGAGAAACCGUACACAUGUGAUCAAUGUGGGAAGAGUUUCACACAAUCAGGACAUCUUAAGAGACACAUGAAGAUCCACACUAGAGAGAAACUGUACACAUGUGAUCAGUGCACUAAAAUGUUUUUGAGUGCUUCAGUCCUAAAGCAGCACAUGAAUGUUCAUACACAGGAGAAGCCACAUUCAUGUUAUUUGUGUGGAAAGAGUUUUUUAUGUCUACAAAGUUUGAAUGUACAUCAGAAAAUACAUACUGCUGUAAGAGAGUACAUGUGCUUUGAGUGUGAAAAGACUUUUACUACAGCAAACUGUUUAAAACGGCAUGAGAGGAUUCACACUGGAGAAAAACCUUACAAGUGUUCACACUGUGACAAGAGAUUCAGUGAUUCAGCAAAUCUGAAAAGACACGAGAGGAUCCACACUGGAGAGAAACCGUAUCACUGCACUGAAUGUGGGAAGUGUUUCAAUAAUUCAUCUGCUCUACACAGACAUACAAAAAACUAUCACAGUAAAUAGACCAUCUUCAGAUCCAGCACUUUCAGAUCUGAUGCUGCCUCCUCACCAAAUGUGACACAAUAAUUCAUCGAGCAAUAAAAUAGCAUCUGGAUAAAUCUGUCCUGACCAGACAUUACAAGUGACAUGACAAAGAAACAUUAUCUAAAGUUUUCACAGUGAAUAAAGUUCAUCUUCAUCUUCCAAACUGUGAGAUUCAGAUCAACUCAAAGAUGGAGUUCCUUCCCAUAGAACAAUAUCAAAAAGUUUUAUUCUUGUUUAUCAUUUUGCUUUCUUAUAAUUCUUAUAUAUAAAAUUCUUAUACUGUCGUGUAGCUUUGCAACUGUUCGUUAUUUGCUUUUCUUGUAAGAAGGGAUAGAUAUCUGAACCUGGUAUUAAACAAACCCUGAGUCUAAAAUCUGAUGUGUCUUGAGGACUUUAUGGCUGCUGCAUGCUUGUGUCUUAAGUCAAUAUGACCGUAGUAAUACAGUAUUAUA